AGUGAGGAGGUGGGCCGAGUUUCUUCAAAAGAGUUGUUCAACCAGAUUCCAGUGUCAAUUUGAAGACUUAAGAACAAGCACAGGUGUGAAACAACAUCCAUUGUAAAGCUCAGAGAGAAAAAGAGAGUGCAUCUGUUUGGGUUGACGUGUGAGAAGCCAGGAUGAAACGUAUCCAAAAAUUGAAGAAUCCGUUUUUAGAACUUCCAGACAAGACCUCAUCCGGCAUGCGUCAGCAAUCUUCAGGUGGGAUUUCUCUGACCAGGAAGUUGUGUUUUGCUGCUGGAGGUGUCCCAUAUCAGCUCACCUCUGUGGCCAUUAGUGUCUCACUACAGAUCUUUCUACUGGACGUUGCACAGCUGGAGGCCUUCUCCACCUCCAUGGUUCUGUUGGUGAGUCGGGUCUGGGAUGCAGUGACUGACCCUGUGGUCGGAUACCUGGUGAGCCGCAGCAAGCGUACGCCGAUCGGUAAACUCACUCCAUGGCUGGUUCUUUCCACGCCAUUUGGUGUUCUGUCUUACGUGCUGCUGUGGUUUGUUCCCCAAGUUAAGACGUCUCUCAAGACGACGUGGUUUGUUGCAGCUGCCUGCCUGUUUGAGACCCUCAUGAGUGGCUACAAUGUCCCCUAUCUCUCUUUGAGUAUGUUCCUGGGAGGAGACCAGAGAGACAGAGACUCUGCCACCGCCUACAGGAUGAGCGUGGAGAUGACAGCGAUGCUGUUAGCAUCCGUCAUCCAGGGUCAAGUCGUGGCGGUGUACCAUGCAGAAAAGCAGGAGGCCUGUGAGCAGCUAGAACAAGAUGGACCCCCAAGUUUGUCUCCACCGCAUGUUGCAUCACCUCAAGCGACGCAAAAGGCUUUCCUGACCUCCGCUAUGGUUAUUGGAGGGCUGUUUUUCAUCUGUAGCCUUGUUCUCUUUUUGGGAGUGAAAGAGCAGCAGGGCCCCGUGAGCUCCAGUGACAAAAUACGGCCAUCUUUUACAAACUCACUGAAGAUGCUGAUCUGUCACAUUGCUUACCGACGUCUGGUGCUCGGAUUUGUGUUCAGCGCUUUUGCAUUUCAGACAUCCUUGGGAAAUUUUGCCCUGUUUUGCAGUCAUGCGGCGAAUCUCGGAGAUCAAUUCCAACACCUCCUACUGGUUUUACUGGUUUCUGCAUCAGUAGCAGUUCCUCUAUGGCAAGUGGUUCUCCUGAGAAUUGGAAAAAAGGCCACGGUCUUCAUCGGGUUCUCACUAUUCAUCCCAGCAUCAAUCAUAGUCGCCUGUGUCCCCAGCAACCUCCCUGUUUUCAUGAUAAUGUGCGUCCUGAUGGGAUUCAGUGUGGCGACGAUAUUUUUGUUACCAUGGUCCAUGCUCCUUGAUGUGGUUGAGGACUUUGCCUUAACGCAUCCCUCCUGUAAAGACCUGGAGCCGCUGUUUUUCUCCUGCUACGCCUUCUGCAAUAAGCUGGCAGGAGGCCUCGCCAUUGGACUCUCCACCAUGACUUUGCAAUUUGUUGGAUACAGGGCUGGCGCGUGUCACCAUGGCGACGGAGUGGUGACGGCUCUAAUUGUGCUGUUUUCGCCUGUUCCCAUCGCUCUACUGUUGAUAGGGAUGAUGUUCUUUCGCUCCUAUCCAAUCAAUGAGAGGCAAAGUCUGUCAAACCAAGAAGCGGCUACUGCACAUUUAACGGCUCCAUCUUCAUCAUUCCAGCAAAGGGAAAAUGCAGAGCAGUGUGCUGGUGUGACAACAAUUUCACAUCUUUUGCGCAAAUCCAAUUCAUCACAUGCACGUCCAGACACUCAUGUUAGAUUAUCUGCCAUAUUCGUUGACUCAAAUUGUACAUCCUCAAAGAAGAGAUCCAAAGUCUCUUGGGUGUAGCAAGUGUUUCACUAUUUGGAAUUAGUCUGAUUAAAAGCUUACAUAACAGAAAAUAAAUGGCAGUCGAAAGUUCUCUCAACCGGGUAAAUCCUGUUGUAUGUAUUAAUGGCAAUGUUAAAAAUGGCAUUAUUCUUGUGUUGAUGGUAAAUGUUUUCAUGAACUUAUCAUUUAUUAUCUCAUAAUGUGACCUGACAUAUUUUUUACAAUUAUUCUGCUUCACUGAUGGUAUUGUUUUUGUAACAAUGCUGUCUGAAAUGUCCUGUGGAUUUAUGCUGCCUUCAUUAUGCCAUGUAAUGUCAGAAACGUAUGCUCCAUAGGACUGAAAGAUAAAAUCCAAUAACACAAAUUGAUACGACUGACCUGACUUGAUGAAUGCUUUCUUCCCCCAAAUUUCCUCUUGGAAUGUGAGACAGAAACUAUUUUGGGGACGACGUGGCGCGGUUGGGAGAGUGGCCGUGCCAGCAACCUGAGGGUUCCUGGUUCAAUCCCCACCUUCUACCAACCUUGUCACGUCCGUUGUGUCUUUGAGCAAUACACUUCACCCUUGCUCCUGAUGGGUUGUGGUUAGCGCCUUGCAUGGCAGCUCCCGCCAUCAGUGUGUAAAUGUGUGUGUGAAUGGGUGAAUGUCAAAAUAGUGUCAAAGCGCUUUGAGUUCCUUUAAAAAAAAAAAAAAAAAGGUAGAAAAGCACUAUACAAGUAUAACCCAUUUACCAUUUACCAACCUUGUCACGUCCGUUGUGUCCUUGAGCAAGACACUUCACCCUUGCUCCUGAUGGGUCGUGGUUAGCGCCUUGCAUGGCAGCUCCUGCCUUUAGUGUGUGAAUGGGUGAAUGUGGCAAUAGUGUCAAAGCGCUUUGAGUACCUUGAAGGUAAAAAAAGCGCUAUACAAUUACAACCCAUUGACCAUUUUAAAAAAAAAGAAAUAAUCGCUUCAUUAUGCAAAAGUUAAAAGUUAAAGUACCUAUGAUUGUCAAACACACACUAGGUGUGGUGAAAUUAACCUCUGCAUUUGACCCAUCCCCUUGUCCACCCCCUGGGAGCAGUGAGCAGCAGCGGUGGCCGCGCCCGGGAAUCAUUUUGGUGAUUUAACCCCAAAUUCCAACCUUUGAUGCUGACUGCCAAGCGGGGAGGUAAUGGGUCCCAUUUUUAUAGUCUUUGGUAUGACUCGGCCGGGGUUUGAACUCACAACCUACCGAUCUCAGGGCACUAGGCCACUGAGGAACAAUAAUAUACAACAAUAUCAAUCAUAUCAUCACAUCAGUGACGUGCAAUCAGGGGUGCCAUCAUGGAAAGAAAAAAAAUGUAAAAAGAAAAAAAAAUAAUUAAAUUGUUAUCUGUAUCCAGUGAUUAUACUAUAAAGUUAUUUUUCAUUUAACUUCACCAGUUUUAGAUUAUUUUUAUUCAAAAUCGCUGAAUUUUCACAUUUGCCGUUCAAAUACUGAAAAGAGACGGUGCGGUGAUCAGCAGCCAGUUGAGGCACGUCACUCAGUUGAGCCUCACCAUGG